AAGCUGACCUGGGAGUUCCUUUUAGAUCAGACAAAAAGAAACCAGGAAGUUAGGAGGAAUUAUUACAGUCUGUACAGCUCAGGAUGUUAAAGGCGAUAACCUCCACGGCCUGGUUAUUCAUUAGCAAGAAGGAAAGCUCCGGAGAGAGCAGAACUCUCUCAGCUGCAGGCUUGAAGCAGGGUGAGAGCAGCUGGAGCAGGCCGGGCUGGGAGCUUGUUCCUGGAGCAGUCAGGAAGAAGCACCUUCCCACUGGACCUCCAGCUCAGUCCUCUCUUGGUUUUGCCUCAGGGCAGCAGCUACAAACAGAAAGCCAGCUGUGAGUGUCUUGGCCAAGCCCAGAUCUGCCGGAGAGAGGAGAGAUCCGAAGCGGGAGGUAUGGUGAGUUGCAGCUGAUUUGGAAGCUGCCUGGUGGAGGACCGUGGCUCUGUACAGCUUGUGGGGAGAGGACUAUCCUCUCCUACAACUACUAAGCUAGAACAACACCAUGGGCAGCGUCUGUGUGAGACUCUGGGCAUACCUGCAGCCUUUUCUCCCGUGCUGGUCUCAAGAGGCAGACAAGUCAGUAGUAAUUGAGAAUCCAGGGGCCUUCUGUCCCCCAGAGGCUCCCAGGUCACAAGAGCCCGAGAGAAGCCAUGGCCAGUAUUUUGUGGCUCUGUUUGAUUACCAAGCACGUACUGCAGAGGACCUGAGCUUCCGUGCCGGCGACAAACUCCAAGUCUUGGACACUUCGCAUGAGGGCUGGUGGUUGGCCAGACAUUUGGAGAAGAAGGGAACCGGCUUAGGUCAGCAGCUACAGGGCUACAUUCCUUCCAAUUACGUGGCGGAGGACCGGAGUCUCCAGGCAGAGCCGUGGUUUUUUGGAGCAAUCAAAAGAGCAGAUGCAGAAAAACAACUUCUGUAUUCAGAAAACCAGACGGGCGCCUUUCUAAUCAGAGAGAGUGAGAGCCAGAAGGGUGACUUUUCCCUCUCAGUUUUAGAUGAAGGUGUUGUAAAACACUACAGAAUAAGAAGGUUGGAUGAAGGUGGCUUCUUCCUCACCAGGAGGAAAGUCUUUUCAACCCUGAAUGAAUUCGUGAACUACUACACCACAACAAGUGACGGGCUGUGUGUCAAGCUGGAGAAGCCAUGCUUAAAGAUCCAGGUACCAACCCCUUUUGAUUUGUCAUAUAAAACUGCAGACCAGUGGGAGAUAGACCGCAACUCCAUACAGCUUUUGAAGCGACUGGGAUCUGGUCAGUUUGGAGAAGUUUGGGAAGGUCUGUGGAAUAAUACCACUCCAGUGGCCGUAAAAACGUUAAAACCAGGUUCAAUGGAUCCAAAUGACUUCCUGAGGGAGGCACAGAUAAUGAAGAGCCUAAGACACCCAAAACUCAUCCAGCUCUAUGCUGUUUGCACUUUAGAAGAUCCCAUUUAUAUUAUUACAGAGUUGAUGAGACAUGGAAGCCUGCAAGAAUAUCUCCAAAAUGAUGGUGGGUCAAAAAUCCAUUUGAUUCAACAGGUAGACAUGGCGGCACAGGUGGCUUCUGGAAUGGCCUAUCUUGAGUCGCAGAACUAUAUUCACAGAGAUCUGGCUGCAAGAAAUGUCCUUGUUGGUGAACAUAAUAUCUACAAAGUAGCAGAUUUUGGACUUGCAAGAGUUUUUAAGGUAGAUAAUGAAGACAUCUAUGAAUCUAAACACGAAAUAAAGCUGCCAGUGAAGUGGACUGCACCCGAAGCCAUUCGUACUAAUAAAUUCAGCAUUAAGUCUGAUGUGUGGUCUUUUGGAAUCCUGCUCUAUGAAAUCAUUACUUAUGGCAAAAUGCCUUACAGUGGUAUGACAGGUGCUCAAGUAAUUCAAAUGUUGAGUCAAAACUACAGACUUCCACAGCCAUCUAACUGCCCACAGCAAUUCUACAGCAUCAUGCUAGAGUGCUGGAAUGUUGAGCCUAAGCAACGGCCAACAUUUGAGACCCUGCAUUGGAAACUUGAAGACUACUUUGAAACAGACUGUUCCUAUUCAGAUACAAAUAACUUCAUAAACUAAACAUCAAGGAAAAGAAGAAAUAUAAUGAAGAUAUGAAAACGUGGGGCUCAUCAGUCCAGAAAUACUAUCUAUUCAACCAACUGUGAAAUCAGCUUAUUUUGACAUAUUCAAGUGGUAGGAUGAACUCAGCCAUGCAUUCCAUAUCAAAAAGAUAAUCUGUGUAUUUUAUUGACUAGGAAACACUGCAGGACAGUAUAAGAUAAUGUGUCAUUUUUCCUCACUGCCUGGUAAAAUCAAUCACACUAAAUGAAGUUAUUUUUUUUCCUUUUGAGAACUCCUCACAUUUCUAUUUAUUGUUUGAAUGCCCAUCAAGAGAAUCAACAGAUGACAGUGUUUACUCAGUUACUGUUGUGGCAUUUUCCUGUUUACUAAUUAGACUGGUUAUUCAUUAUUCCUCAAAUUGCUGAAUACCAUCAGGCUGUUAUUAUGAAGGAAUUUGAUUGCUCUGCUGCACAGCAGGACCUGUGCUUUGAGAUAUUUUUUUUCCUCUCUUUUAAAAUAUCCUGUAACUACAAUAAUGGUAAAGCCAUGUUAAAUGACUUGAUUGUACUUGAAGUAAUUGCACAUAUUUUUCCUAUGCAUAAGAAAAUGAAGCAGCUGUUGAGAAAAGGAAUUAAAAUCUUUCUCAUUUUGUAGAAGGAAAUGAUGGAGUUUGCUCUAUACCUCAGUAUGUGUCAUUGGAGAAUCAUCUGCAUUAGUUUUAAUCUCUUAAUGUCAGGAAUCAGGUUGCAAAGCCGAUGAAUUGUUAUGUAUGGGAAUAUAGGGGAACUACCACAUUGCCUACCAGGUCUGAGAAAUAGAUAUUAAAGUGGCUUAGAGAAGCUAACAGAGAGAGCUAGAGGAUUGCUGCAGCUUUCUAAGUAAUAAUAAAAAGUUUCUUUGGCAUGCAGGCCUAUUUUAAAUUGGCUUCAAAACAGGCCAAUCAGCACCUGAGGCUAGGAAUAAUGUCUGAAUGUAGUUAUGAACUGUAGCUUUUGUCUGUUAAGUCUGGAUGCUUUUCAGUAUCUUAAGUUUUUAUAACCUUGAAGAACUUCCCUGUUUUCUUAGGUAAUGUGUGUAUCAAAUGUUCUGCAUCACUGGAUGGUUAGCAAGACUUUUCUAAAAUCAGCUCCAUAGAUUCUGGAAUCUUCUAUUGUGCGGCACCGAAUGAACAUUCCAAAAGGAAACUGAGUUUAUCAAGUUUAUUUUUCAUCCUUCUUUAAGAGAGAAGGGACUAUCUAGAUGCUCACAAGGAUCCCCUGCAAAUUAAAAAACAUGCCAAUUCUUUCAACUAGGAACUAGGAGGGUAACAGGGACUAACCAUUAGCCAUUUGGUGAUGGCACUUCCCUAGCUGCAUUUCUGUUACCAUAGUAGAAAUCCUGAAAACAAAACAAAACAAAACAAAAACAAAAACAAAAACAAAAAACAAACAAACAAAACCAACUUAGAAGAGACAAGUUUUAUUCUAGCUUACCAUUCUAGGCCAUUGCAUCACAGCAGGAAGUCACUGUGACAAGAGAGCUUGAAAAUGAUUUCAUCACAUCCACAGUCUAAGAGGAGAAAGAGACAUAACUACAUGCACGCAUGCAUGACUUGCUUGUUUGCUUACUUGUGCUCAGGUCAAUUUCUACACUCUUAAAAUGUUUGGGACACCUUUGCCUAGGAAAUAGCAUGGCACACAAUGGGCUGAGUUUUCCAGGAUCAAUUAACUUAAUUAAGACAAUUCUGUACAGACAUGCCCACAGGCAAGUCUAAUAUAAAGAAUCAUUGUCAACUCAUUGUGACUCUCUUUCUUGAUGAUUCUAGGUGCUGACAAAUUGUCAAUUAUAGCUAGUCAUUAGACCACUUAAGACUCAAACCUUAUCAAACUUUCCCAUCUACCACAAGCAUUUUCUGUGUUCCACUAGUCACAGGUGGCCACCAGUGGUAAGUGAGGCUCCUUGUUCUCUUAUAUUUAAGAAGACAAAAUGGAUAACUUAACUCUUAGGCAUUAUCCCAAGCUUGUUAAACACACACACACAAACCAACAUCCCAUUCCCAUUUGAGGGGGAGGAAGCAGAUUGCAAACACAGUCCUGUGGCUAAUGGACAACAAUCAGCACAGUGGAUGUUAAUGCCAAGUGUUGAUUGGCUUGGAAGAAAGUCUGCACUGAAGCUGGGCAUAUGAACUUCUCCAAGAUAAGUUGUUUAUUCAAAUAAAAUUAGAGAUGAGUAGCUGGUUAUGUGAUCAUUAUCAGAACUAUUUAAGAUGAAUUAACUGUUGGAAUUAAUCUAGUACAUGUAUGCAUUCAUUUCUCAUCUUAAACAUUUCUGAAGACUUUAAUCUGGAUCAUAUGAAAAGACUAUAGAUGUGCUUAGAGAAGGAAAAGCAUUUGUUAGAUAAGCUCACUAUUAAUAUUUUAAUUAGUUGACAGAGCAAGUAGUAGCUUCAAUUGUUUGUUUCAGAUUAUCUGGUCUAAUGUAACCAAGGAGAAGACAUUCAACAGCUAGUCGGCUAAAAUGAAAUUUCAAAAAGGACUCCUUUUCCUGAGUUCAUUUUUUUCAGAACUUUUUCUGCUUGAGGCAUACGUAGAAAUGAGGGGCAAUAUUCCAAUUUCAUUGUGCAAAUUCAAAUGCUAUGUACUUUUAUGUGGUAGCUGAUAAUAAUAAAUUUGUAGUAAGAUCUGGCUUUGAAAUAUAAAAUGACUAUCCGUUCCUGCUUUAAUACUACCUGAAACUUGUUUAACUCACUGUGUUUGAUUCUUGGAGACAUUUAUGUUCAAGGCUCUGUCAAAGCAAUCUAUUAUUCUUGUUUUUACCCUGAUGGAUCAUGGGGGAGGGGGAAAUAAUGGAUUCAGCUAUGAGAAGCAGUAAUAUAUAUAUUUUUAAACUGACAUAAAUUUCUUUUCCUGUAUAGAAUAAAAGGAUCAGGACAGAGAUAGGCUGAAUUUCCUUCAAUGAGCCUGCUCUUGUUGAAGUUACCUCCCAUAAAUUGUAGCCAAGCA